AGCCAGGCAGAGCGAGAGCUGGGGCCGCUUCCGUGUUUGUGUGAUUAGGCAGGGCAGUGCACACAGCCGUAGGAGCGUCUCUGUCUCACCACAUUCAUUCAUUUGAAAGACAAAGGAUACCCCUAAGGCCAGCAAGAAAAAUGCCGCUUGUACUGAAGCAAGUAUUUGCCAGCCUCCCCCAGAUGGAGAGGGGAGUUGCGAAGGUAAUUGGUGGCGAUCCCAAAGGAAACAACUUCCUCUACACCAACGGCAAGUGUGUCAUCAUAAGAAACAUUGAGAAUCCAGCAAUUGCGGACAUUUACACUGAGCAUGCUCAUCAAGUUACUGUUGCCAAGUAUGCCCCCAGUGGCUUCUACAUUGCAUCUGGAGAUGCAUCAGGGAAGAUCCGUAUCUGGGACACCACCCAGAAGGAACACAUGCUCAAGUAUGAGUACACCCCUAUUUCAGGGAAAGUCAAGGACAUUGCGUGGACAGAGGACAGCAAGAGGAUUGCAGUUGUAGGCGACGGACGAGAGAAGUUUGGUGCAGUGUUCUUGUGGGACUCUGGCUCCUCAGUGGGAGAAAUCUCUGGCCAUGCAAAAUUAAUCAACAGUGUAGACAUAAGACAGAAACGCCCCUACCGCCUUGCUACUGCCAGCGACGACACCUGCAGCUCUUUCUUUGAGGGACCUCCCUUCAAGUUCAAAUUCACGCUAAGGGACCACAGCCAGUUUGUGAACUGCAUUCGUUUCUCUCCAGAUGGAAGUCGACUAGUCACAGCUGGAGCUGAUGGCCAGAUAUUCAUCUAUGAUGGAACAACUGGUGAACGUGUUGGAUCAUUGGGUGGAGAGAAGGCUCACAAAGGAGGAAUUUAUGCUGUCAGCUGGGGCCCUGAUGGUUCCCAGCUGAUCUCUGCCUCAGGGGACAAGACCGUGAAGCUCUGGGAUGUUGGCGCAGGUACGGCUGUCACCACCUUCAAUAUGGGCUCUGAUGUGACUGACCAGCAGCUGGGCUGCUUGUGGCAGAAAGACCACCUCCUCAGCAUCUCUUUGUCAGGAUACAUCAACUACCUAGACAAGAACAACCCUGACCGACCCAUACGCACAGUGAAGGGUCACACAAAGUCCAUCCAGUGUCUGACGGUUCAUAAAGGCAACGGCCGAUCGUACAUCUACUCUGGGAGUCACGAUGGACACAUAAAUUACUGGGAUGCAGAAACUGGUGAGAAUGACUGUUUCUCAGGGAAAGGCCACAGUAACCAGGUGAGCAAGAUGCAGGCAGAUGAAGCCAAUGACCUGGUGACGUGCAGCAUGGAUGAUACGCUCCGCUACACGAGCCUCAGCAAGAAAGAGUACAGUGCCUCUGAUGUGGUGAAGAUGGACUCGCAGCCUAAAAGCGUUUCUGUAUCCGGAGGGUUCACUCUGGCGGUGUGCAUCGGUCAGCUGGUCCUGCUGAAGGAUAAGAAGAAAGUUUUCACAUUGGACAAUCUUGGUUAUGAAGCAGAGGUUGGGGCCAUCCAUCCUGGUGGGACCACUGCUGCUGUCGGUGGAAAUGAUGCAAAAGUCCACCUUUACUCAAUUCAAGGCAGCACUCUGAAGGACGAGGGUAAAACUCUGGAGGUUAAAGGGGCCAUAACUGACAUGGCCUACUCUAACGAUGGAGCCUAUUUAGCCAUCAUUGAUGACAAGAAAGUUGCUACAGCAUACUCUGUGGCUGAUGGAUACUCGGUAAAAAAUGAGUUUUAUGGACAUCAUGCCAAACCAGUGAGUCUGGCCUGGUCACCUGAUAAUGAGCACUUUGCAACUGGUGGGAUGGACAUGAUGGUUUAUAUCUGGACGAUUGGUGAUGCAGACAAGAGGAUCAAACUUCCAGAUGCUCACCGUCUCCACCACGUCAGCAGCCUGGCCUGGAUAGAUGCACACACUCUGGUCACCACCUCCCACGAUGCUUCUGUCAAGCAGUGGACAAUUACAUACUGAGCUGCAAGCAAACCUUCACAUCUCGAGGGACAAGGACUACUGUAGAAUUCAAGCUUUCUAUUUUUAUUUUUCCCUAAUUUACUGUUAAACAUUAAAACUUUGGUCUAUGCUGUCUGUAACAUCUAAAUUGUAGAUGGAUGUGUUGGCGAUGGCUUCCAGCAAUUAUUGCAAUUCAAGUCAAGAAUGAAAUGUUGAAUUAUAAAAUGUAACCAUGCGUGCUUUUACACCUCUUCAUGGACACCAAGAUGUUUGUAAAAACAUUGUAAUCAUUCCAUAGUUGACCAGAAUCCUUUUCUGUGGUUAGGAUCUGUGCAUCCGGCCUUUAAAGAGAAACCAAAAGUCUUUUAAAACACAGCAAAAUGUUUCAAUAAAGUAAAACCUUUUGGUUACAUUCCUGAAAUGAAUAGGUCCCUGCAGCAGCUGUGCUUCAUUUUAUUUUCCAUGUUUUGCAGGUUUUUGUAACAUUUAUUUUUUGGCUUUGAUUCACUACUCGUCUGUGGGACUGGGAAGCAAAUAGGAACCGAAUGAACAACGAAUACAAUCAGAAUGCUGUCUUUUAUUGUCUGGUCUUGUGUGGUUGGUGUUUUACUUGUCUCACUUUUUUGAUGUCUUAUGAAUCAACUUCCAAAGUGGAACUGGUUCGUAAAUAAUAAAAAUUAACUUUUUAUGCAUUCA